UUCGACAGCUGUUGCGGUUAUUCUUUGAAGCCGCAAUGACAUUGCGUUGGGAGAACCCGGCAUUUGGUGAUGAGAAUUCGGGAAAUAUAAGGGCGAUAGAUUCUUCACUUCUAGAAUAUGUUCUGUUGGUGCUGUUGGUGUUGUUUGAGCUUGGGGAAUGUGGUGACAUGAAGAUGUAUCUGCAUCAAGAACUAAUCCGUGAGGCUUUGACUGGAAGUGGCGAGGUUUAUGUGAUGCAACCACUGCUAUGACAUUUCUUUUUUGUGUAAGAGUCGUUUUGUUGUAUAGGAAGUGUGGAUAUGCUAGGAGGAGGUAAGGGGCUGUGUUAGUCUGAGAUAUUCGCACCCUCUUCUUCGUAUUUGUCAAGGGUAUUUGCCUUCUUCUUCGUCAGAGUGGUUUAGGAUCAUCUUAAACUCGCUCAUAUCGUAUUUUAUUUCAUACCGGAGGAAUCUACUCUUCCUCGCGACCUUUCUGAUUGUUAUCUAUCUCAUAUCUGAUGUGAAUCCAGCAGAUAAUCACCACAUUGAGGGUCAAGAUGAGGUUGUAGUUAUCUUCGCGCAUAUGGUAUGUUGAAACACAACCAAUCAACAGCAUCAUGCACCCACCAUCGGCUCAGCCACUCCGUAUGCAGACUUGUGGGUAUCAACAGGCAGCCUUAGACAAUGGUUCGCGUUCUUGUAUUUCCUUUGCCUUGCGCCGUCGAUGCAACCCUUCAUGACCGAGUUGCAACAGAUAAACCCCUCUCAACGACGGCAUAGCAGGUCGUUCCAGGGACUUUGAGAAGAUUGCUGCUAUCGCCGUUUUAUAAGCUAUGUCUCGGGUACCUGAUCUCGUCGCCGACUCGAAAUUACCGGUAGUGUUUCGCGAUCUCUUAACAGUUCACUUGUACCGGGGAAUCGACGAAUCCGGUCGACGAUCCGUCGAAAAGCAGCACUGGAAGUGGGACGAGCGGCUUGGACGGGCUGGGUAUGGGCAAGUGUUUUUACAGAAGUGUGUUACGAAUGGCGCCAAAAAGGGUUCAGUGCGCGCGGUAAAGAUUAUCGAGAAGAAUGUCUUGGGCUAUGUUCGGGAGCUGGAGACGAUUGCCAAGUUCUCGAACGAGUGCUUUGCAUCGUGGUUCGUCAAGUCGUUUGGCUGGUUUGAGGACUCGAGUUCGAUAUUUUUGACAAUGGAGUAUUGCCGCCAUGGCAAUCUUCGAGAUUGUUUGAAGGAUAAACGUUCGCUACCUUCUGUGGAAGUCCGAGAUCUGGCGUGGCAGAUAUUGGGAGGUCUUCAUCAGAUGCACCAGAAUGGGUUUGUCCAUAGUGAUCUCAACCCCGGGAACAUUCUCAUCAAAUCGAAACCACCAGAUGACUGGUGGAUAGUUCUCUCCGACUUUGGAAUCAGCAAAAAGGCAGAAGAAAACGAAGGGCUUUCCGCUGCGGUCAAAGGCAUUACCGAAUUUAUAGCGCCAGAACUACUUGGCUAUCUGGAGGACACCAGGCCGCCGCCCAACUCGGUUGACAGUCUGAGAGCAGUAGAUAUGUGGGCCCUAGGAGAGAUUGUUUUCCAGAUGCUCGUCGGCGAGGCUGUCUUCCAAAAUCACGAUGAGAUCAUGAGGUUCUGUUCCGGACAGGGAGAAAUACCCUUGAAUCGGCUUCCAAUGUCUGAUACAGAAGACUGCCGUGAUUUCGUUGCUCGUCUUCUGAAGGCGUUGCCAGAGCAUCGAAUGACCACCGCCCAGUGUGUGCAGCACCUCUGGAUCAAGUCACUAGUAGGGGACGAAUGCUUCACUACGAAUCUAGCACAGAUCGACACAGGGCCACUGGAUUCCGUCUGGAGCGAUUCAGCUUCAGGUCAAUUGUCAGAUACACCAAACUCCGAAAACAGUCCCGUGCAAAUGACAGGCGAGCGCCACAAACCGUAUCGCGACAAAUUAGCAUUAGUCAUGGAACGGAAGGUCCAAAUUCCAAAGAAACAUGACAACGAGAUGCUUCGUUUCGAGGUCUCUCCAAACGGUAUGCUGUUGAUGGUUCGUGAUCCAGACACGUUGUUCUUGAUAGAGGUCAUGUCCGAUGUGCUCAUAAAAACGAUUCAAGCUCCUCGAUCUAGUUUCCCGCGUAUAAGAUUUUCGCCGGACAAUAAAUAUAUCGCAUUCUACAACCACGCAGAAAGCUCGGUGCUAGUCUGCGGUGCCAGAUCAGGAACCCUGGUGAGAACACUGGAGGCUCCAUACGAUGCCGUAGCUGGUGUUACGUGGGUGGAGUUCUCACCAGAUAGCAAAUGGCUAGCGAUGCUAUCCCAACGUUCGACUGUAAGGCUCUGGGACGUAGAGUCCGGCGAGGUGGUGAGGGAGUUCGACAAGGGGUCUGGAUACGAAUAUGUCACACGGGUUCUCUUCUCGCCUGACAGCAAGCGCCUAGUUUCACUAGACACUCGCCACGGGAUAGUCUGGCUGUGGAAUAUUGGCUCAGGAACGCUGUUGAAGAGACUCGAUCCCAGCGUACCGGUUUCUGACUUAAAAGUCCGGAGAUACAAGAUCGCCUCCGCUUUCUCACCGGACAGCAAGUGGCUUGUAACAAGCACUAGCCCAUGGGACCCGGAAACGAGCACGGGAGUCACGAUCCUCUGGAACGCUACGUCUGGCGAGCUUGUAAGGACAUUGGAUGGCACAUGGUACCACGUUGCGUUCUUGUCGGAAAGCAAUCUGCUAGUAGCAGUUGGCACUUUUGUAACGCCCCCGGUUACGCAAGUGCGGGUAUUUCAUGUCAGAACCGGAGAGGUGUUGCAUGGGAGGAAAACACGAAGUCGCGCUCGCAUGUUCAUAUCCCCGGAUGGUCGCAUACUGGCUGUGGCUAAUCCAGGGGACGCAGUGCAGUGCUGGGACACUUUAAGCGGGACGCUCUUGCAGACGCUUAAAGGAACAAAAUCCGAGUACCAACAGAUUUCGUUCUCGUCGGACAGCAAGCGAAUAGUUAUUCACCGCCGCGGUAAAGUAAGUGCGCAGGUUUGGCGUUUAACAAGGUGA